AAGCAUAAACACUUGGAACUCCGCUUCACUGGUUUGCGGCUCUGGGUGCAUCUUUCUUCAAUCUUCAAUAAACGCUCUUAUCCCCAAGAAAUCAACCACCAGAGAAAUUUCGAGCUCUAGCGAUGGCGGUUUCGUCGUCUCCUCAACCUCCAAUUCUCUCUCCUCUCCGCCUCACCACCUCUUCCAACCUAAUUUCAUCUCCUCCCAAUCUCUUCCUCAUCGCUUUUCCCUCCAGAAUCACCGAUCGAAGACGUCGUUCGGCCAUCGUAUUCUCUUCCAAAUCGAAAAAUGAUAUGGCGAGUGACCAGAAGAGAGCGUUGCUCGAGAGCUACGGCAUCGAUCCCGAUGAGUUCCUAUCUGAACCUUCUCCCCCGAAGGAGAGGAGGAGAAAGGAGCCGCAGAAGACAGGUAGAGGCAAGCAGGCCCCUGCGGCGAAACCUAAGCCCUCGAGGGAGACCCACAAAUUGCUUCAGGUUCUUGGAGGAAAGGCUCGAAGGAAGAAAUUGAUCUCGCCAAAAGGCCAGGACGUACGGCCAAUGAUGGAAGUUGUAAAAGGUGCAGCCUUUGACAUUUUGCAGGUGGCUGGAGGCUGUCCUGCAUCAUUAAGGCCCGGUCGCUGGUUAGACUUGUACAGUGGCACAGGAUCUGUUGGGAUUGAGGCUCUCAGCCGGGGAUGUUCUGAGGUGCAUUUUGUUGAGAUGGAUCCUUGGGUAGUUUCAGAUGUUCUACGACCAAAUUUAGAAUGGACUGGUUUUCUUGAUGUUUCAGUGAUACAUACAGUUCGUGUUGAAACUUUCCUAGAGGGGGCUGCACGGUCUGUAGGUAAAGAUGGGCCAUUUAACUAUAUUAGUGUGACACCUCCUUACACUGAAGUGGAUUAUGCUGUACUGAUGGAUCAAGUUUCAAAAUCAUCUUUAGUUGGAGAGGAUACAUUUAUAGUAGUGGAGUAUCCUUUGAGAACAGACAUGCUCGAUUCAUGUGGAUGCCUCGUAAAGUUUAGUCCAUGAUAUGUUGCUCUGUGACAUGAAAGUGCAGAUAACUGAUAGACGAUUUGGCCGGACACAUUUAGCUAUAUAUGGACCCAAGUGGGCACAAAAAAAGAGGAAGCCUGAGAAAUCAAUUCGAGCAGUAGCAGAAAAAGUUUGACUGGAAAUGGAAAGUGCGGCGUUAAUGAGGUUAAGUUCAGCAACGGUGUCUACACUCAUGUAGCCAAAUUGGCUUCUUAGUUACGCAUGGUCAAUUUUCUUCAUUUGGUUCUGUCAGAUGAAUCCAACAUCAAGCACAUUCAGACCGAGUUUGUUUAAAUUGUAACAAAUUGUAUCGUGUGUACUGGGGAAGUGUAUUACUUUCUUCCCAUGUAAUACGAGGUAUUCAACCUAGUUCAGAAAAAAGAUAGUUCUAGCGUUUACAUACAUUUGAACAGUAUUCAAUGCCAACAUUCCUUUCACCUGCAUCAUGUUCACCCAUCAAGAAUUCCCCAAAUGAAUAGAGCGACGUUUUUUCGAA